AUGGCUUCAUCAAAUUGUAAUUCAGGACGCUCAACAGGUGCAGAACAACUGCCAAAUAAAAAAACUGUUGGGACGACACUUGAGUGUGGUGGUCACAGUUGUAAAAAAUGUGGCAAAUGUAGUGAUUGGUAUGGUGAUAUUUGGGAUGAUGAUUCGAGUCCUUCUAAUUGGGACACCAAUACUUGGCAGCUUCGUGAUGAUGGUACUUGCAAAUGGAGCAUUGAUUAUAGUCUUUGGGAUACUGGUGCUGGUUUUAAUUAUAUGCGUUGGGGUCAUCAUAUAUGUCGCUGUAACGAGAACAAGUAA